AUGGACCGGUUUGAAGAUGUAUCAGAUGGUGAAGUGGAUCAUGCUUUCUUUGACAGUGAUUUUGAGGAAGAGAAAAAGAAAGCUGAAGAAAAUGGUGAAUGUGUAGAGAAAGGAAGUACAAAGGCAGCUCUUGCAGACCCUGAUUUGGUUUCUAAUUCAAGGGAUGCAAAGUAUUGUGAGGAGGAAAUUGAAGAAAAGCAGAAGGAUUUGCGGAAUGAUCAGUCCCUAGAAAAUAGCACAGAUUAUCUUGGAGACGCUUCAUCUUUGUCACUUUCUCCAGUUGUGGAGAAGGCAGGUACAUCUGGAGCGACAUCUGCAGUAAGUAGGGGAACACAGGAGAAUGUUCCUGCUGGAAUCCCCAAAAUAGUUAAAGAAGGUGAAGAAGAUUAUUAUACAGAUGAAGAAGAUAGUAGUGAUGAUGGCAAAAACCAGAAGGUUAGACCAAAGUCAGCUAAGCAGUCAAACAACAUAAAAAAGGCUGGCAAAAAAUACACUAAUAUCAGCUCCUCCUCCUCCUCUUCCUCCUCCUCUUCUUCCUCGUCCUCAUCCUCAAGCUCAGAUACAGAUUGUUCUGAUACAGAUUCUGAUAGCUGUUUAUCAGAUUCAUCUCAUUCUUCCUCAAAGAGGAAUGCUCCUAGGAAUGCUCUUCUGUCUCCAAAACAAAAAUUCAAGUCAGCAAUGAAAUCAGCAGAAGGAAAACCAAAGCUCGGUGACUAUUUGGAGGAGUCUGAAGACACAGUGACUGACGUAACACCUCUGUCAACCCCAGACAUAAGUCCUAUCCAGUCUUUUGAACUUGCAACGUCAAAUGAUAAGAAACUAAAAAUAAAAAGACAGGAAAAUGUGAACCAAGAAUUAUAUGAUUCCGAGUUUGACCGCAGAUAUAGUCGCAAAGUCUUGCAUGAUGCUAUGGACCUGAAUCAGCUUUUGAAAG